AAGGUUGGCCUUGUCCAUCAAGCAUCCAUCCUGGCGCAUCCCGAAAAUAACCCCACCACCGCUGUGGACGGCCGCUUUCCCACGUCGACAAGAGCAGCGCCAUCAAGCCGCGAAGCUAUCACUAUGUCGCAUGCACAACUAUCCCAGCUGCUUCCUCUACCAGACGAAGAACUGAAGCAGAUACUAGACUAUGCAUCGACUCUCUCCAAAGCCGAAGCCGUCGAGCAUUUCAACAACCUCCUGGGUGACUCACCCCAAGUAAUCGACUUCAUCUCCUCCUUCAACGCGCGCCGCGCCGAUCCCUCGACUUCCUCGGCCACCGCCCCCAGCUCUGGACAGAGCUCGGAGAUUGACGCAGUCCCCAAAAACCGCCGCGGGCCAAAGAAGAAGAAGCCGCCACUCCACACGCCGGCGCCUCGACAGGUCUCUUCGUUUGCACUUGCGCCGGGGACGACGGCAUACCACAAGAAGAACCAGCAAGAUGAAUACAUAUCCGGCAAACCGCACGCAUCCACAUCUGCAAAUACCGGCGGGCCAAGCAGAGCCCCCCUUAUAAAGUCGGCAACUCCGCCGCCCCAGCCCCCGAAGCUUCCUCCGUCUGCUGCGGGAUCGUUGGUGUCAGACCUCGGCCUACGCAAGCCCAACUCGAAGUCGAACCCGACGUCACGGGCAUCGACCCCAGGCCCGUCUUCGAAGAUCAAUGGCAGCAGCACCAAGGUAUCCAUCGCGGGUGGCGUACCCAUGCACGGCGCCUCGACCGCCCUGUCCGAUCUCGAGCUAGCCAUCCGCUCCCUCGAAAUCACGACCAACCCUUCGCACGCCUCAAACACGGCAGCAGGUAUUGCCUCGCGCCGCUGCAACUGCGUCGGCACACAGCACCCGCUUCUCGCCGCCACGCCCAACUGUCUCAACUGCGGCAAGGUCAUCUGCAUCAAGGAAGGACUGGGCCCGUGCACAUUCUGCGGCGAGCCACUGCUGAGCUCGUCGGAGGUGCAAAACAUGAUCAAGGAGCUGCGGGCUGAGCGAGGCCGCGAGCGCAUGGCAGCGGACCGGGACGCGCACAGGAGAGCAGACGUGAGCGUGGUACCACGGCCGUUCACCAGGCCACGGACAGGAGGCGAUGACGUGAGCGCGGCCGAGUCUCGGGCGCUGGAACACCGAGACAGGCUGCUGGGAUACCAAGCGCAGAAUACGCAGCGCACGACCGUGCGUGACGAAGCCGCCGACUUCGACGUCUCGCUUACGGGCAACAUGUGGGCGAGCCCAGAGGAGCGGGCUCUGACGCUGAAGAAACAGCAAAAGCUGAUGCGCGAGAUGGAGUGGAAUGCGCUGCCCGAGUAUGACAAGCGCCGCCAGGUGGUCAGCAUCGAUCUCGUCGGAAAGAAGGUGUUCCGGAAGAUGACCAAGAUCGAGCGUCCCCCCAGCCCGGACGAAGCGGACGAAGCGGACGAAGCCGGAGUUGGCGCCCCUCUGGCGGCCACGAGCGGCAACAAGGGAUACGGCGGGGCGUUUAGUCGGAACCCCCUUUUGAGCGGCCUUGUCAGGCCUGUCUACGACGCCAAGGGCAAGGGAGCAGAACUUGAAAGGAGGAAGGACAAGAGCACGAGGUGGCGUAGAGUGCAAGAUGACUUGGAGAAUAACGAGGCGGUUAUUCUAGAUGGCGGUGUCUAUGGAGCGAGCUCCGGCCCCGGUACGGAGCAGGUUGGGGACGAGCCGGGUCGUGGAUAAGGAUGAAGAUGGAUAAUGGCACUUGCUGAGAAGCACCGCCUCUUUUGCCGCAGAGCUGGGAGGUUAUUGCGCCAGCCUCUAGAGACGAUUCUGGGUUUAUGUAUGGAUCGAGAAGAACCCGACUUCAUUCACCGGUUGUUGUGUUAGGAGGAGAGACUUAGAUGUACUAGUAAAUAGGUGCCUAGAAAUAUACCCCUAGUUUUUGUAA